GGGGCCGCCGCCCGGACCCCGCGCUGCCGCCGCCGCUGCCCGCUCACAGCUCUUGUUCCAGGAGAGAAGGCUCCCUGUGAGGACUCCCCGGGCUGUGCUUGCUCCUGCUUUCUUAUCCAGACUUUGCUUCUGCCAAGGAUGUUCUUCCUGCUGCUUGUCCUGGGAGUGCUGGCAGGUGCCAUGGAGAUCCAGGUCCCGGAUGAGCCUGUGGUGGCUCUUUUUGGCCAGGACGCCACCCUGCGCUGCUCCUUCUCCCCCGAGGCCAACUUCAGCCUGGACGACCUGAGCCUCAUCUGGCAGCUGACAGACACCAAGCGCUUGGUCCACAGGUUCUCCGGUGGCCGGGACCAGCUGGAAGACCAGGGCAGGGUCUACACCAACCGUACGUCCCUCUUCUAUGACCAGCUGCCCCAGGGCAACGUGUCCCUGCUGCUGCGGCGCGUGGAGAUCGCGGACGAGGGCAGCUUCACCUGCUUCGUGCGCGUCCGCGACUACAACAGCGCCGCGGUGACGCUGCAGGUGGCAGCUCCCUACUCCAAGCCCAGUGUGCACCUGGAGCCCAGCAAGGACUUGAAGCCAGGUGACCUGGCCUUCGUGACGUGCCACGCUUCCCGCGGCUACCCCGAGGCCAGCGUGCUCUGGCAGGACAGCCGGGGCAGCAACAUCACGGAGAACAUCACCACCUCCCAGGUGGCCAACGAGGAAGGUCUCUUUGAUGUGCACAGUGUCCUCCAGGUGCUGGUGGAGCCCAGCAUCACCUACUCCUGCCUGGUGCAGAACCUGGUGCUGCAGCAGCACGGCCACGCGUCCGUCACCAUCACGGGCCAGCACCUCGCCUUCCCCGCCGCCGCGCUCUGGGUCACGGUGGGACUCGCCAUCUGCGUCCUGGGGCUGCUCGUCGUCCUGGCCUACGUGUGCCACAAGAAAAUCCGGGAGAGCUGCGAGGAAGAGGAGGAAAACGCAGGGACGGAGGAGCAGGAUGAGGAGGGGGAAGAACCCAAGACAGCUCUGCAGCUACUGAAAAGCGCGGAGAGCAAAGAGGAUAACGAGCAAGAAAUUGAUUGACAGGGCAGUGCCCUGUGCCCUGGACCAGCUGAGAUGUCCCCAGUGGGGACGAGGUCCGGGUCCCCUGGGAGGACACGGACCUGCUGCCACCCCUCAUCCCGGGUCCCAUCACCUUCCUCCCUCCCUGGCCAUGUCUUUGGGGUGCCCUGGGGCUGCAAAGAGGCUGCAUCUCUUCAUCCCUGGCAAGCUCUGAAGGCUGGUGUGUCCCUCCCAGGGAUGGCGUGUGUGGGAUGGAGGAUCUUCCCUGUCCAUCCCCACGUGGGGCUGAGAACAACCGGCGUCACCCCUUCCCCCAGGCACCCCCUGCGCCUCCUCCCUCGUGGCCACAGCUGAGCCAGCCACCUUCCAGGUGCCUUCCAGGGCACAUUUAACUGCCCUUCCCAAGCCCAGAGGCCUUGAGAGCGGUGAUGGGCUCAGCAAGGUCCCUGGGAAUGACUGCUGGAGCCCUGGAGGCUCCGGGAAGAUGGGUGGGACCCAGGGGUCCCCAGGCACGGUGCUCUUGGCUCCCCUGGAGGCACCACUCCAGGGGCGUGUGGGGAUAAUUAUUUUUUCACUUUGCGACACUGUGGUUCCCACUGGACUUAUAUUUUUGCCUUAAAUGCAAAAUCCCAUUGGGGUGGUAAUCUCCUGCCUAGGACUUGGGUUUUUUUGGGAAGGGCAGGCCUUGGGGGGCACCUGCUGGCCAGGUGAGGCCCUGCUGUCCACCCCGUGGUGACAGAGCUGAUGCUUUGGGGGCUGAAGCACUGGUUGGGCCAAACCUGGCCAGUGUGUGGGGUUGAGCACCCGUUUUUCCCAUGGGAUCAUGGGGUUUUGCCCUCAUGCAUGUCCUGGGGGUCCUCCUGUUGCUGCUGGGGGCGUGGGGGCACCCAAACUGCCGGGGUGAACGAGGUGGCGCGUCCCUGGUCCUGCUCCAGGGGUGGAGAAGUCCUCGAUGGCUCUUCUGCUGGUUUUAGUCAUUAUUUAAAGUCCAGAAUCUGAAGGGAUUAUUGUGCCUUGACAAAUAAAUUUGGGGUUGUUUUGGCCAAUGCUUUCCGGGCUCAUUGUGGUCUCUGGGAUGCAGCUUUGGACAUAAAUAGUCUGAAGAUUGGAAUUCCCAGAGCAAAACCUUCAUGUUCCCCUUUUAACCCCACCUGAGCUGCCCUCAUCCAUCCCCCAGCACGGGGAGCAAACGGCCGAUGCCUGCCCUCAUCCCUCUGCUUUAUUCUCAUCCCUCAAGCAGUGGAAUAAAGAGGAAAAUCCCGAAGGGAUGCUGUCAUCUUUCCGAGAUGGCUCCAGAAUUCAGGCUGGUUAAUCCCAGUGCUGGGAUGCAAGAGGGUUCUGACAGGGCCUGGUGAGGAAGGGACCUCCCUAAAUCACCUGUGAGGGACUAUUUUUAGUUGUCCUUCCCCGUCAUGAAGCCAAGCUCUGCAUUCCAAUAGGAAAAUAUUCCUAAAGGCGAGACGAGGGAACGUGUGCUGAUCUCAGCCUCUGAUUAGGGAGAGGAUGGAUGGUGAUUUCAUUGAGGGGUUUGAUCUACGGCCUGAAUUAAGUGCCAGCACAAGUUUUAACGAGGAGCCAGGAGGUGCCAUUAAUAUUAUUUAGUGCCCAGCACUGGGCUGGGGGAAUGAAGCCAUUAACCACCCCUCGGGUAACUCGUCCUUGGCAGGCAGUGGGAUGAGUUGUCCCCCCAUCUAGGACAUCGUUGAAGGUCCUGAGAUGGUGCCACAGCAUCCCUGGGGAUGUCUGCUCCAGCUGGGAGCUUCCUGGGGCUUUUAUUUGGGCAGAUUUGAGGGUUUUUUUUUGCAAAAUGCAGCCUGGGCUAUGCAGGGAAAGGAGCUCUUGAGGCUGGUGAGGGAGAAAAUCAUAAUUAGCUGUGGAAGCCCAGGGAAAACAUUCCUUAGGUGGCUCCAGGGUGAUGAGCCCUUCUGAAGUGUAAGCUGCUGUUCCUGGGAGGAUGUGCUGUGCUUUGGCUUGGGAUGAAGCACUCCAGGAGGAGCUCAGUUGUCCCUCUUGUCCCCAGGU